CAGGGUAAUAGCUAGAGGGGAGGUGGACAUCACAGACACACAAACACACGUGCAUGCGGCCCUACCAACUUCCCAGCCAACUGAUUAUUUUCCGUUCCGGGGAUUUAUUCGACCUAGGUACAUCUCGACGCGCCUGCCUGCUCUUCGAUUCCAUUCUUUGUGGUGAGAUUUGGAAGGUUAGCACUUCCAUCUUUCAUAUACUAUCCUUUUGAUUGUUGUUCAUCCCCUCUCUCUUAUCUUUUCCUGCCAUUCUUCUUCAUCUUUUUCUUUAAAAAUCUUUUAUAUUUUAUUUUGUUAUUCUUGGCGGCGGCGUCGUCAUUACUUCCACAACUGGGAACUGCACUGUGCUGUAGUCGAUUCUCUUAGCCCCAUUCGUUCAACUGUCGUGGCAGCCCCGCAACGCAACGCAAACAAACAAACAAUUCAUAAACACGCUACUGAAAGUACGUCGACCUUGCAAAGCCACAUUGAUAAAGCGGGCUGGGUUCCAGGGCGCCUUGAAACCGGUUAUAAUCACGGCUUCGCAGUUCGUGCAAGGCAGCUUUCCUGCUUUGCUACCGCUGCGAGGUCACGUCGUCGAGGGCGGCCGGUAGUUUGUCCAAACGCGAAAUCCCAGUCAAUUGGUCGAUAUGGCGACAAUCAAGAAGCGAGAGCAGCACCCCCUCAACAACAUGCAUACCUCGGGCAUUUUCUCCGACAUGAGCAUCGAUGGCCCCGAAAUUGGCACUCUGGUUCUUGUCGUUGACAAGGCUAAGAAUCUCCCGAAUCGAAAAACGAUAGGCAAGCAAGACCCGUACUGCGCCGCCAGGCUGGGCAAGGAAGCCAAAAAGACGGCGACCGACGUCCGCGGAGGCCAGACCCCCAAGUGGGACCAGGAGCUCAGAUUCACAGUCCACGACUGUCCCGACUACAACCAGCUCAAGGUGUCCGUCUUCAACGAUGACAAGAAAACGGACCUGAUUGGCGAGACAUGGAUCGAUCUGCGCGACAUACUCGUAGUCGGCGGUGGCCAGAGCGACACAUGGCACACCCUGAACUUCCGUAGCAAAUACGCAGGGGAGAUUAGACUCGAGAUUACCUAUUACGACUCACGCCCUAAGCCCGAGAAGCCAGCUGCAAAGCCAAGACCUGUUGCUUCAAACAACGAUCUCAGCAACGCUGCUGUACAGCCUGCAGCUGCGCCCAAACGCAGACCACUACCCACGGAACCUCCCAACGGUCCUGUGCCAACUGCCCAGCCUCAACAACCACCAGCAAUACAACCGGAUCAUAUGCAGACUCCGCCUCGAAAACAGCCAGGCACUCCGUCGUCAUAUAUACCCAACCAGUCGCCCCUGCAAACCCUGGAAUACAACACCCCGUCUCCCUCAAGACAGUUGGCAAAAAGCCAUCAUAACUCUCCGGGCCCAGCCAGCGGGCCGGGCUACGUUACCCCGCCGCAGCACCAGCCACAUUCCCACAGAUAUUCGGAAAAGUAUGCAGUCAGGGCGGAGGAGCCGGAUUUUGGCGGACUGGACAACAGGUCUCAGUACUCGGGUAACUAUUCCCAGACCCAUGCGCAGAAUCAGUAUCAUGGGCGUGAUAGGCAGGGAUCACAUGCGUCUUUUGACCCUGAACGAGACCAAUACGACCCUCGAGGCAUGUCCCCCAUGGACAACCAUCGGCAGCCGCCUGUGGACGAUGAUGAUCGCCCGCCCCCACCUCCAGUGCACAGGAGUCGGGGUAGCAGUGGGGCCGCUGUUGGUGCUCCGGUCGACCUAGCAAUCAGGCCAGGCAGCUUUGAUGGCAGUGUGCGGGGUGCACCCCCAACAAUGAGGCAAGAUGUGUUGCGGAGCGCUGCUCACAGACAAUCGGUGGGUUCUGUUGCGUAUCCUGGCAGGCCAACAUAUAGGCCAUAUGAUUCCGCCCCGGCAGCCGCGGCUGUUCCGCAAUAUGCGGACGAAGAUGGCCAUCACCACCACCAGCCUCCGCCCCGGCACCGAUCGUUUGACACUGGGCACGAGGCCCCCCACCGAUCCAUGCAGCCGACUGUAGAAGAUGAUCCGGACUCACCCAACGGAGCGGUCCAAUCGUUUAGGAAAAGCACAUCGCGACACCCGCAAUCUCCCGCGCAAUACAACGUACCGGAAUACGACACCACGGCAACCCCUGCGCCCCUUAGUCUGAGUGGCCGCAAUAGUGCUCUUGUGCACACCGGCUCCUCCCCGGCCGUAUCCCAAUCCCCCCACUACCACCAACAGCAAAAUGGUCGCCGACAGUCAAAUGGAUACCACCAGGAGGUUGCCACCGGCGUUCCCAGUUACAGCAAUUACGGUACGAGCCCUGACGUCUACCAGUCCAGAGACGGGUACGGGGCCUCUGCAUCACCACGGAAUAACCGUCAGCGGAGCCCCAGCCCCAAUCCCAUGGUAGACCACUACCAUGUGAGUCCCGGUCCCAGUCCCCACAGGGAGCACCACCCUGCCAGUCCGAUACCCGGUCGUAAACCAUCCCAGGACCUCUACCAAACGAGCCCCGUGCCCAUAUCUCAUACAAGUCACACCGAUAGCCCCACCCACUACCGCCACGACCCUCGUGACGGCCAACAUCCCGCCCAACGGAGUCCUGUGUUUGCCGCUCUUCCAGACGUUCCUGCGUCUCUGGUGCCCGGUGCUGACCCAGGCCUUGCGCUCGAGCUUUCCUCACGGAUUAAUGAGGGGAAGCGGCAAGAGGGUCGCCGCAGCUCGGCCAUGGCAAUACCACCUCGCGGAAGACAAAUGAUAGAGUAUAACCAAGACGGUCCUCCGCCGCAGCAGUUCAGCGGAUCUGUGCCUCAACAUCACAAAUCGUUUGACAAUGGUCCUACACAUUCCAUGUACAACAAUGAGCGCUCGUCAGGGGUCCUGUCAAAGCCCCGAUCACUGUCACCUCUUCCAACGCAAAAUCAUACUAUUAGGCGCAAAUCGGUAUCCCCAGCACCUCCGCCUCCUGAUUCUAGUCGGCUUUCGGGCAUGCCAUUCGCUCCGGACUCGUUCGACGAGCUUAAUCCAACGGUAGCGGCUGCAAAAGCUGAGAAGAAGAGAGCAAAUCCUGACUUCAAUGAGGCCACCGGCAAGAUCAUUACCCACGACGGCAAAGAAAUCGACCCUAGUGAUCACUUGCCCAUGGAAACAUGGGCGCCGGAGCCGGAACCAUUUGAAGAGAGGAACAAGAAAAAGCCAGAAGGAGGUCCUGCUUCAAGUGGACACCAGGUUGGACCCUCAGGAAGAAGGCAGCUGAUAAUAGCGGCAGCACGACCACAAGGGUCGUCCGUUGUGACAUACAGUGGCGGCAACUCAAGCAGCACGUCAUCCUUCCCCAGUUAUGGAGACAGCUCGUCGGCCGUGGCGGCUGGACGCAAUAGGCUUCAGAAGAAGACGCAUAGCCGCGGCAUGAGUGCUGUGGCGUCUUUCGAUAACAACGCGCCAGGGUCGAGUCCGCUGGCACCCAUCAAGACACCCUAUCACCAAGAUAACCACUCGUCGCCCCGCAUGCUACAGAGGGCAAGCACGUUUGAUCAGUUUCAGCAGAACGAGAAUCACAAUCAUGCCCCUCUCGUGCUUUACCAAGGCAGCGGGCGGAACAGCAUGGACUAUCAGCAGGGUGCAGGUGGUGGUGGCCCGCCCCCCAUACCCGCCAAGAUUCCGAUGUUUGGCGGCGGACCAACAAAUCCCUAUGGUAGUGGCAUUGAUCCCGGGUUACCCGUUAUGAGCGGAGCACUGCCCGCCCCCGGACUACCAGUGGCAUGGGACGGGCGGCACGGCCAUAACAGCCGAGCCGGGUCAGAGCAAUGGGCACUCAUGGAAGAGAUGAGCAGAAUAGACAUUGGAACAGGCAGAUCGAGACGACAUGGGAGUGGCUACUGAAACAGCAAGUGGAUGUGGCCCCAAAGCAGAGCAAUCCUGAUAUCGAUCAACGGUUUUCCCAUUCUAGAGUCUAGAUAGCCCUGGUCACCCUUCCACAAGAACGUGUUGGAGUUCUGCUGCCAUAGUCUUCGUCUACUUCCAUCCGCAUUUUUGCACCGUUUUUCGGGGACUGUGUCUUGAAACAGUCCCCAAAUUCCCAACAACACCAACUACUGCCCUCACGUCGACUACUGGGACGUUUUAGUUUCUAUACCGGAAACUACCCUUGUUAUUUCCUGCCGUGGCAUAGAGCUCCUAAAAGGGCAUAUUCUCUAUUUUCAUAUCUUGGCUCGGCUCGGCUGUAACGGAGUUGGUCCUGCGCUGUUUCUUUUCUUUUCUAAUUCCUUUGGCGCGGAAGGAAACGCGAUGAUGAUUUCAUGUUAUAUUUAGGCUGCCAGACAUGUAUAUAUCAACAGCGAUGUGAUGGAGUAAUGAUUAAAAGCUCGCAAUGUUUCUUUUUCUUUUGAUAUCUUUUCUUAUAAUACUGC